UAAAUUACAGCCGGUGCUGAAGAGACACACACGGGCUUGGCUGAAGGUGAGACGUACAGUGACGCGCACUGCCUACAGAUAGUCAGGUCGGCAUCACUGAACGCUCCCUGCAACGCCAAAAACGCUCAUCUUGUUGUGGAGAGAAAGCGCUAGCUGAAGUACCGGAUAUCAACAUGCCUAAACCUCUAACGGACCAGGAGAAGAGGAAACAAAUUUCCGUGAGGGGACUUGCCGGAGUGGAGAACGUCUCCGAACUCAAGACCAAUUUCAACCGUCACCUGCACUUCACGCUGGUGAAGGACCGCAAUGUGGCCACCAAGCGCGACUAUUAUUUCGCCCUGGCGCACACGGUUCGCGACCACCUCGUCGGGAGAUGGAUCCGCACCCAGCAGCAUUACUACGAGACAGAUCCCAAACGUGUGUAUUACCUGUCUCUAGAGUUCUACAUGGGCCGCACGCUGCAGAACACCAUGGUCAACCUGGCUCUGGAGAACGCCUGCGACGAGGCCAUCUACCAGCUGGGCCUGGACAUGGAGGAGCUGCAGGAGAUGGAGGAGGACGCAGGGCUGGGCAACGGAGGACUGGGGCGCCUAGCAGCGUGCUUCCUGGACUCCAUGGCGUCUCUGGGCCUGGCUGCCUACGGCUACGGCAUACGCUACGAGUUCGGCAUCUUCAACCAGAAGAUCUCAGAGGGCUGGCAGAUUGAGGAGGCGGAUGAUUGGCUGCGCUAUGGCAACCCAUGGGAGAAGGCCCGCCCCGAAUACAUGCGGCCCGUCCACUUCUACGGCCGGACAGAACACACCCCCGAUGGCGUCAAAUGGGUCGACACACAGGUUGUGUUGGCACUGCCAUAUGACACCCCGGUGCCUGGCUACAGGAACAACAUUGUCAACACCAUGAGACUGUGGUCGGCCAAAGCCCCCUGCGAGUUCCACCUCAAGGACUUUAAUGUUGGAGGCUACAUCCAGGCCGUCCUGGACAAGAACCUGGCAGAGAACAUCUCCCGAGUCCUCUACCCCAACGACAACUUCUUCGAGGGUAAGGAGCUGCGUCUGAAGCAGGAGUAUUUCGUGGUGGCCGCUACGCUACAGGAUAUCAUUCGCCGCUACAAGGCCUCCAAGUUCGGCUCCACAGAGGUGGUGCGCGUGGACCUGACCGGCCUGCCCGACAAGGUGGCCAUCCAGCUGAAUGACACCCACCCUGCCAUGGCCAUCCCUGAACUGAUGAGGAUCCUACUGGACGACGAGAAACUGCCCUGGGACGAUGCGUGGGAUAUCUGCGUGCGUACGUGUGCCUACACCAACCACACGGUGCUGCCCGAGGCUCUGGAGCGCUGGCCCAUCGAGCUCUUCCAGAACCUGCUGCCCAGACACCUGGAGAUCAUCUACGAGAUCAACCGACGACACAUGGAGCGUAUUGCUGCUCUGUUCCCCGGCAACGAGGACCGUCUGCGCCGCAUGUCUCUGAUCGAGGAGGGCGACCAGAAGAAGAUCAACAUGGCGCACCUCUGCAUCGUGGGCUCGCACGCCGUCAACGGAGUCGCGCGCAUCCACUCAGACAUCAUCAAGGCCUCUGUCUUCAAGGACUUCUACGAAGUCGACCCAGACAAGUUCCAGAACAAGACCAACGGCAUCACCCCCCGCCGCUGGCUCGUCAUGUGCAACCCCGGCCUGGCCGAGGUCAUCGCAGAGAGGAUUGGAGAGGACUUCAUCCGUGAUCUGGACCAGCUGAAGAAGCUGAGGAAGUUUGUGGACGAUGAGGCUUUCCUCCGCGAUGUGGCCAAGAUCAAGCAGGAGAACAAGAUGAAGUUCGCUGUGCAUCUUGAGGAGCACUACAAGGUCAAGAUCAACCCCAACUCCAUGUUUGACAUCCAGGUGAAGAGGAUCCACGAGUACAAGAGACAAAUACUCAACUGCCUCCACAUCAUCACCCUCUACAACCGCAUUAAGAAGGAGCCCAACAAGGUCUGGACCCCCAGGACUGUCAUGAUUGGAGGAAAGGCCGCUCCUGGCUACCACACGGCUAAGAUGAUCAUCCGCCUCAUCACGGCCAUCGGCGACAUCAUCAACCACGACCCCGUCAUCGGAGACCGCCUCAAGGUCAUCUUCCUGGAGAACUACCGCGUCACUCUGGCCGAGAAAGCCAUCCCGGCGGCCGACCUGUCUGAGCAGAUCUCCACGGCGGGCACAGAGGCGUCGGGCACAGGCAACAUGAAGUUCAUGCUGAACGGUGCCCUCACCAUCGGCACCAUGGACGGGGCCAACGUGGAGAUGGCAGAGGAGGCGGGCGAGGACAACCUCUUCAUCUUCGGCAUGAGGGUGGAGGACGUGGAGGCCAUGGACAAGAAGGGGUACAAUGCCAAUGAGUACUACCAGCGUCUCCCGGAGCUGAAGCAGGCCAUCGACCAGAUCUCUAACGGCCACUUCAGCCCCAAGGAGCCCGAGCUCUUCAAGGACCUCGUCAGCAUGCUCAUGAACUACGACAGGUUUAAGGUCUUUGCUGACUUUGAAGACUACAUCAAAUGCCAGGACAAAGUUAGCGCUUUGUAUAAGAACACUAAGGAGUGGACCAGGAAGGUGGUGAUGAACAUCGCCGGCUGCGGCAAGUUCUCCAGCGACCGCACCAUCUCCCAGUACGCCCGCGAGAUCUGGGGAGUGGAGCCCACCCUUGAGGGGAUCGCCGCCCCUGACGAAUAAA